UACAUUGUCGACAUUGGUAGGAUAAGUAGGACUCUUUCUCAUUGCUUUUCGCUUCGUCUUCUUCUCUCUAAAACUCUUUCUCUGCAAGAAAACCAAUCUCUCUCUCUUUCACUUUCUUAAACCCUUUAUCUCUCUAAAACCCUCCUUUUUAGGUAAAAAAGUUUUGGUGCUGACUCAAAAAAGGUUGGGUCUUUUACUGCAUUUUGAAAUGGCGAUUGAAGAUUACGAGAACCCAAAUCGAGAAAUCAAACCUAAGAACAGAAGAUUCAUGGAAGGAGAGAAUCAGUGGCCUAUAUGGCUCAAACCUUUACUAAACCAACACUUUUUUGCUCAAUGCAAGUUUCAUGGACACUUACCUAGAACCGAAUGCAAAAUGUAUUGCUUAGACUGUACCAAUGACUCGUUUUGUUCUCUCUGUCUUUCUGAACACGAGAAUCAUCGUACCAUUCAGAUAAGGAUAUCAUCUUAUCAUAAUGUGACAAAGGUCGAUGAGAUACAGAAAUACUUAGACAUAUCAAGCAUUCAGACAUAUGUGAUCAAUAGCUCAAAGGUUUUGUUCUUGAAUGAGAGGCCUCAGUCUAAGCCUGGUAAAGGUUUUACUAAUGCCUGCAUGGUCUGUUAUCGUGGCCUUGCCGAAAACUGCUUCCGCUUCUGCUCUAUUGGCUGCAAGGUACAUUUACCUACUUACACUCCAAUUAUCUUCACACGUUAAGCAUCCAUUACCUCCCUUGUUUUGUGGUUACUUCUAGUUAAUUACAGUAGAAAAGUUUGAAGCUUUUGACUUGCUAAAAUAUUGGAAAGAGUCUUUCUUCUGAUAAACUUCUUAUCUGUGUUUUUGUGGUGAUUGAAUCAAAAGGUUGCAGGAACAUCUGGAGUCUUCCAGAAGAGAGUGAAGCAUACAACGAAUGACUCAGAUAAUUCAAACAACAGUUCUGGAGUGGAGAAUAACAGUUCUGGAGCAGAGAAUGGUAAUUCAAAUCUGCAGAGUCUCAGUCCACCUACACCUCAAUUUCCUCCUCGUUCUCUGCGAAAGCGACUAAGGAAGGGAAUUCCUCACCGAGCUCCAUUUAGUUGAGAUUGUGAUCAAGAAAAAGAAGAAGAAGCUUGUGUUACGUAGUGCUAUGGAUUAGUCAAACAACUAGUAAGUGUAUAUAUAUAUAUACAAUAUCUUCUUGUAAAGUUUUGGUGUGAUGCAAUGAGACUAGACAGUGAGUGGUUUAUGGUGUUUUUAUGACUAUUUCCUUGUUCUAAAUUUUGUUUUUGAUUAGAUUAUAUGACAAAAAUAGAUAAUUAGUUAAGUUUCACAAACCC